AUGUCAGCUGCCCAGCGAAUAUUAAGGAUUCAAUCUGCCAAUGGUGCAAAAAGUAAGAUGAUCAACAAUACGUAUGAUCAAGAAGGUUAUGCCAAACGACAAAAGCUAUCAAACCCUAAUAUGAUCUCGAGACAAUACGCAGGCUUCCAGAAUCCAAGAAUUGUGAGGGUAUCACAGGCUUUCGGAGGAAAAGACAGGCAUAGCAAGGUUUGGACAGUUAAAGGAGUGAGAGACCGAAGAAUUAGGCUUUCCAUACCUACAGCUAUUCAAUUAUAUCACCUUCAAGAUCAGCUCGGGUUAACUCAACCGAGCAAGGUGAUAGAUUGGUUGCUUGAUGUCACUAAAGAUGAUAUUGAUAAGCUUCCACCUCUGCAAAUGGCACCAGAAGAUUUCAAGCGAUUCCAUCUUCCACCCACUAUUGUUCCUCACAAUUUCAAUUCUACACAACUUUCUAUUUCCCCAUUCUACAACAGUACUCCCAAUAAUGAUCACCAGAGAAUGGAAGGGAAGGAAGCUAUACUUUCUUUUUCUCCAUUCUUCAAUACUCCCAGCUAUGCUCAUCAAAGAACGGAAGGGAAGGAUGUUAUCAUAGAAAACAAGUGGAAUUCUUAUAAUUAUCAGGACUCUGAUCAGCAGUUUUCGAACCUAUCUUUAUCAAGAUCUGAUAAAAAACUAGAUACUUACACAUCGCUAUUCCCUUCUUCAUCCGCUCCCCCAUUCGAGCCACAGAUUUUCUCGUGUUUUUCUAGCCCCGCAAGUCCUUCAUUCUUUCCUCCUUACGUAAUGCCAUUUGAAUUGUUGAGCUCCAGUUCUCCAUGCGUACCACCGAAUUCUCUUGUGCCGGUACCCCUCAACCUCAUCGACACUCAAGUGAAAGUACCGUUCGGGUUGAAUAUGAAUUCUAAGAUUAGUUCACAAAGCAAUAAUAACAAUGGUUGA